AUGGCCGAGUUCGGCGAGGCCGCCCCGUACCUCCGCAAGUCGGAGAAGGAGCGGGUGGAGGCCCAGACGCGGCCCUUCGACCUCAAGAAGGACAUCUUCGUCCCCGACGACAAGGAGGAGUUCGUCAAGGCCACCAUCAUCUCCCGCGACGGCGCCAAGAUCACUGCCGAGCCCGAGCGCGAAAAAAAACCCGGCACCGUGACGGUCAAGGAGGACCAGAUCAUGCAGCAGAACCCGCCCAAGUUCGACAAGAUCGAGGACAUGGCCAUGCUCACCUUCCUCCACGAGCCCGCCGUCCUCUACAACCUCAAGGACCGCUACGCUUCUUGGAUGAUCUACACCUACUCGGGGCUCUUCUGCGUGACGGUCAACCCCUACAAGUGGCUGCCCGUCUACAACGCCGAGGUGGUGGCCGCCUACCGGGGCAAGAAGCGGAGCGAAGCUCCUCCCCACAUCUUCUCCAUCUCCGACAACGCCUACCAGUCCAUGCUCACGGACCUCCUGGAGAAGUCCCGGGUCAUCUUCCAGCUCAAGGCUGAGAGGAACUACCACAUCUUCUACCAGAUCCUCUCCAACAAGAAGCCGGAGCUGCUCGAGACGUUGCUCAUCACCAACAACCCCUACGACUACAGUUACGUCUCCCAAGGGGAAAUCAACGGCUCGAACGUGCGUAUGGCCCCCGACAACGCUUUCGACGUGCUGGGCUUCACCUCGGAGGAGAAGGCCGGCGUCUACAAGCUGACGGGCGCCAUCAUGCACUUUGGCAACAUGAAGUUCAAGCAGAAGCAACGGGAGGAGCAGGCGGAGCCCGACGGCACCGAAGAUGCGGACAAGUCGGCCUACCUGAUGGGGCUGAACUCGGCCGACCUCCUCAAGGGGCUGUGCCACCCCCGGGUCAAGGUGGGCAACGAGUACGUCACCAAGGGGCAAAAUGUCCAGCAGGUGUACUACUCCAUCGGGGCCCUGGCCAAGGCCGUCUACGAGAAGAUGUUCAACUGGAUGGUGACCAGGAUCAACAACUCCCUGGAGACCAAGCAGCCGCGGCAGUACUUCAUCGGUGUGCUGGACAUCGCUGGCUUCGAGAUCUUUGACUUCAACAGCUUUGAGCAGCUCUGCAUCAACUUCACCAACGAGAAGCUGCAGCAGUUCUUCAACCCCCACAUGUUCGUGCUGGAGCAGGAGGAGUACAAGAAGGAGGGCAUCGAGUGGGAGUUCAUCGACUUCGGCAUGGACCUGCAGGCCUGCAUUGACCUCAUUGAGAAGCCCAUGGGGAUCAUGUCCAUCCUGGAGGAGGAGUGCAUGUUCCCCAAGGCCACGGACAUGACCUUCAAGGCCAAGCUCUUUGACAACCACCUGGGCAAGUCGGCCAACUUCGGGAAGCCACGCAACGUGAAGGGCAAGCCGGAGGCCCACUUCUCGCUCAUCCACUACGCCGGCACGGUGGACUACAACAUCCUCGGCUGGCUGGAGAAGAACAAGGACCCCCUCAACGAGACGGUGGUGGGCCUCUACCAGAAGUCGUCCCUCAAGCUCCUGGCCAACCUCUUCGCCAACUACGCCGGGGCGGAUGCACCCGUGGAGAAGGGGAAAGGCUCCAAGAAGAAAGGUUCUUCCUUCCAAACGGUCUCGGCCCUGCACCGGGUGAGGAUCUGGGGGUCAAAGGUGGGGGGACUCUACCGCAUCCUGAACCCCGCCGCCAUCCCCGAGGGGCAGUUCAUCGACAGCCGCAAGGGCGCCGAGAAGCUCCUGGGUUCCCUCGACAUCGACCACAACCAGUACAAGUUUGGGCACACCAAGGUCUUCUUCAAGGCCGGGCUGCUGGGCCACCUAGAGGAGAUGCGGGACGAGCGCCUCUCCCGCAUCAUCACCCGCAUCCAGGCCCAGGCCCGGGGGCAGCUCAUGCGCAUCGAGUUCAAGAAGAUCCUGGAGCGCCGGGACGCACUGCUGGUGAUUCAGUGGAACAUCCGGGCCUUCAUGGGGGUGAAGAACUGGCCCUGGAUGAAGCUCUACUUCAAGAUCAAGCCCCUGCUGAAGAGCGCCGAGACGGAGAAGGAGAUGCAGACCAUGAAGGAGGAGUUCGGGCGGCUGAAGGAAGCCCUGGAGAAGUCGGAGACGCGGCGGAAGGAGCUGGAGGAGAAGAUGGUCUCUCUGCUGCAGGAGAAGAACGAUCUCCAGCUGCAAGUGCAGGCCGAGCAGGACAACCUCAAUGAUGCCGAGGAGCGCUGCGACCAGCUGAUCAAGAACAAGAUCCAGCUGGAGGCCAAGGUGAAGGAGCUCACGGAGCGCCUGGAGGACGAGGAGGAGAUGAACGCCGAGCUCACGGCCAAGAAGAGGAAGCUGGAGGACGAGUGCUCGGAACUCAAGAAGGACAUUGAUGACCUGGAGCUGACGCUGGCCAAGGUGGAGAAGGAGAAACACGCCACGGAGAACAAGGUCAAGAACCUCACAGAGGAGAUGGCCGGGCUGGACGAGAUCAUCGCCAAGCUGACGAAGGAGAAGAAGGCCCUGCAAGAGUCCCACCAGCAAGCGCUGGACGACCUGCAGGCAGAAGAAGACAAGGUCAACACCUUGACCAAGGCCAAAGUGAAGCUGGAGCAGCAGGCGGAUGACCUCGAAGGGUCCCUGGAGCAGGAGAAGAAGAUCCGGAUGGACCUGGAACGGGCCAAGCGGAAGCUGGAAGGUGACUUGAAACUCACCCAAGAGAACAUCAUGGACCUGGAGAACGACAAGCAGCAGCUGGAGGAGAAGCUCAAAAAGAAAGAGUUUGAGAUCCACCAGCAGAACAGCAAGAUCGAGGAUGAACAAGCGCUGGCCCUGCAGCUCCAGAAGAAGAUGAAAGAGCUGCAGGCGCGGAUCGAGGAGCUGGAGGAAGAGCUGGAGGCGGAGCGCACGGGGCGGGCCAAGGUGGAGAAGCUGCGCUCGGAGCUGUCGCGGGAGCUGGAGGAGAUCAGCGAGCGGCUGGAGGAGGCGGGCGGCGCCACCUCGGUGCAGAUCGAGCUCAACAAGAAGCGGGAGGCCGAGUUCCAGAAGAUGCGGCGCGACCUGGAGGAGGCCACGCUGCAGCACGAGGCCACGGCCGCCACGCUGCGCAAGAAGCACGCCGACAGCGUGGCCGAGCUCGGCGAGCAGAUCGACAACCUGCAGCGCGUCAAGCAGAAGCUGGAGAAGGAGAAGAGCGAGCUCAAGCUGGAGCUGGACGACGUCAGCGCCAGCAUGGAGCAGCUCAUCAAGGCCAAGGUGGGCAUGGAGAAGGUGUCCCGCAGCCUGGAGGACCAGGCGGCCGAGCACCGGGCCAAGCUGGAGGAGAUGCAGCGAGCCCUCAAUGACACCAGCACCCAGCGGGCCAAGCUCCAGACCGAGAACGGAGAGCUGUCCCGCCAGCUGGAGGAGAAGGAGGCCCUCAUCUCUCAGCUCACCCGGGGCAAGCAGUCGUACACCCAGCAGAUGGAGGACCUCAAGAGGCAGCUGGAGGAGGAAGCAAAGGCGAAGAACGCGCUGGCCCACGCCCUCCAGUCGGCCCGGCACGACUGCGACCUGCUGCGGGAGCAGUACGAGGAGGAGACGGAGGCCAAGGCCGAGCUCCAGCGCACCCUGUCCAAGGCCAACUCCGAGGUGGCCCAGUGGAGGACCAAGUACGAGACGGAUGCCAUCCAGCGCACCGAGGAGCUGGAGGAGGCCAAGAAGAAGCUGGCGCAGCGGCUGCAGGCGGCCCAGGAGGCGGGGGGCCACAAGACCAUCCACGAGCUGGAGAAGGUCCGGAAGCAGCUGGACGCCGAGAAGCUGGACCUUCAAGCAGCGCUGGAGGAGGCCGAGGCGUCGCUGGAGCACGAGGAGGGGAAGAUCCUGCGGGCCCAGCUGGAGUUCAACCAGGUCAAGGCGGACUACGAGCGCAAGCUGGCCGAGAAGGACGAGGAGAUGGAGCAGGCCAAGAGGAACCACCUGCGGGUGGUGGACUCGCUGCAGACCUCCCUGGACGCCGAGACGCGGAGCCGCAACGAGGCGCUGCGGCUCAAGAAGAAGAUGGAGGGCGACCUCAACGAGAUGGAGAUCCAGCUCAGCCACGCCAACCGCCUCGCUGCCGAGGCCCAGUCCCACCUCAAGGCGGCCCAGACUCACCUGAAGGACACCCAGCUGCAGCUGGAUGACGUGGUGCGGGCCAACGAGGACCUGAAGGAGAACAUCGCCAUCGUGGAGCGCAGGAACAACCUGCUGCAGUCGGAGCUGGAGGAGCUGCGGGCCGGGGUGGAGCAGACGGAGCGGGCCCGGAAGCCGGCCGAGCAGGAGCUGAUCGAGGCCAGCGAGCGGGUCCAGCUCCUCCACUCGCAGAACACCAGCCUCAUCAACCAGAAGAAGAAGAUGGAGGUUGACAUCUCCCAGCUGCAGACGGAGGUGGAAGAGGCCAUCCAGGAGUGCCGGAACGCCGAGGAGAAGGCCAAGAAAGCCAUCACGGACGCGGCCAUGAUGGCGGAGGAGCUGAAGAAGGAGCAGGACACGAGCGCCCACCUGGAGCGCAUGAAGAAGAACAUGGAGCAGACCAUCAAGGACCUGCAGCUGCGGCUGGACGAGGCCGAGCAGCUGGCCCUCAAGGGCGGCAAGAAGCAGCUGCAGAAGCUGGAGGCCCGCGUGCGGGAGCUGGAGAACGAGCUGGAGGCCGAGCAGAAGCGCAACGCCGAGAGCGUCAAGGGCCUCCGCAAGUCGGAGCGGCGCGUCAAGGAGCUCAGCUACCAGACGGAGGAAGACAAGAAGAACUUGCUGCGGCUCCAGGACCUGGUGGACAAGCUGCAGAUGAAAGUCAAGGCCUACAAGCGGCAGGCGGAGGAGGCG